GCUCGGCUCGCCCGGCCCGGGAGGCGUGCAUGCCCCUGCUGCCCGCGGCGCUCACCAGCAGCAUGCUCUAUUUCCAGAUGGUGAUCAUGGCAGGGACGGUGAUGCUGGCGUACUACUUCGAGUACACGGACACGUUCACCGUGAACGUGCAGGGCUUCUUCUGCCACGACAGCGCCUACCGCAAGCCCUACCCGGGACCGGAGGACAGCAGCGCCGUGCCCCCCGUGCUCCUCUACUCGCUGGCCGCCGGGGUCCCCGUGCUCGUGAUAAUAGUUGGAGAAACUGCUGUGUUUUGCCUACAACUGGCCACAAGGGAUUUUGAAAACCAAGAGAAAACUAUUUUAACUGGAGAUUGUUGCUAUAUAAACCCACUGGUGAGGAGAACUGUACGAUUUCUUGGAAUUUAUACAUUUGGACUGUUCGCUACAGAUAUCUUUGUAAAUGCUGGACAAGUAGUCACAGGAAAUCUGGCUCCACAUUUUCUGGCCCUGUGCAAACCCAACUACACGGCCCUCGGAUGCCAGCAGUAUACGCAGUUCAUCAGUGGGGAAGAGGCCUGCACGGGGAACCCGGAUCUCAUCAUGAGAGCAAGGAAGACGUUUCCGUCCAAAGAAGCGGCCCUCAGUGUCUACGCAGCGAUGUAUCUGACAAUGUACAUUACCAACACCAUCAAAGCCAAAGGAACAAGGCUUGCCAAGCCCGUUCUCUGCCUGGGCUUAAUGUGUUUGGCCUUUCUCACCGGGCUCAACAGAGUGGCAGAAUAUCGAAAUCAUUGGUCGGAUGUGAUAGCAGGCUUUCUGGUUGGAAUAUCUAUAGCAGUAUUUCUGGUGGUGUGUGUGGUAAAUAAUUUCAAAGGAAGACAACCAGAAAAUGACCAUAUACACACAGAUAAUCUGGCACAGAUGCCAACGAUCAGCAUUCCUCGUGUAGAAAGCCCUUUGGAAAAGGCCGAGUGUCCCUCCUGCUCCAGGUACUUCGGGCUUGGCCAGUGACACAUGAAUGAACCUGACAUACAGCCCAUCAACUGGAAACUCGUAGAGUCAUCCGGAGCUUCUGCCAACCCUGUUGCUCUUGAGAAGAAGAAGAAGAAGAGAGAAGGCCACGUUCCAGAAGGGGGCUUCUCUGCCAGCCCGGGUCCCCAAAUGGGAAGCUGUGGGAAGCAAACCAACACCCAGACUGUAGCCUGGAGCAGAUUCAUGGAACCUGACCACCACCACGGAGCAUGAGGGAGGAACACACAUUUGUUGUUGGGAUCCAGCGGAGCUUCUGAGGUUGUAACAUAGUAUACCUGGUGGAAGCUAAUACACACAAAACUUACACCCCAAGACUAACAGCAUGCUAGCCUGAGACUUCUCCCUCAACAGCAUGAGAUGCCAGAACAGAUUGGAGUAACGUCUUCCGAAUUUUCAGUGAAAAUUUUUGUGACGUAAGAAUUCUCUUCCCACCCAAAAGGUCAUUUAAGUAUUAAGAUAACCAUAAAAUACUGUACAUGUAAGAGUUCAGGAAUUAUAUUACUCAUGAAAGGUACCAGAAGAUGUUUACCAACUAACUGAGUAAAUCGCCAACGUCUAGAGCUCUGACAUUGAGAAGAGUCAUCAUAUAAGUGGAUUGGCAGGAGGUACAGGAACUAUUUAAAUAUAGAAUUAAUUAGAAUUGACUGUGGUAAAUAAAGUAGCGGGAACAGUGCAAAAUUAUAAAAUUCAUUUGAAGAGAAGAUACAUAACAAAGCAAAUUAACACAACAGUGGCAGGAUGGAAGAGAAAUCUUAGACAAUAUCAACAAAAUUACCCAAGUAUGGUAAUGUGGAGAUUUUUGUAAAGGAGGAACUCAAUAUUACUAUUUCAUUCUUGCACUGCUAACUAGAAAAAGUUAGGUUCAAGCAUUUUUGAAAAAUAAAAGUUAUCAGGAGUACUUUAAAAUAAUUUUAAAAGGCCAAUGACAAAAUGUAAGAUUUAAAUGACACACUUGCCAAUGGGCCGAUGUCUGUUAAAAAUCCUCAUUGAAAAAUGGGCAAGGUUCCUGAAUAGGCAAGUCAUUAGAGAUCAAAUGUAAAUGAAGAGGAAGUGUAUAGAAAAGUGUUCUCUGCCAUGUUUGAUGAAAAUGCACGAAGUGUCUUUUAUGCAACACUGUGAAGUUGGUUCUUACCCUGUAAGCAAGGGGGAGCCUUUAAGGAGUGUAAGGAAGGAGAUGGCAUGUUUAGAAUGGAGAAUAAAUUGCAGCAAAACAAGACAAAACAAAAGCCAAUCUGAGAGGCCGCUGUAAAACUCCAGGUAAAUGGUAACAGUGACUUGGACUGGACCACAGUGCAGCCAUGUUACGCCACUGUCACUGAUCAGAUGCUGAUUCUGAGCAGAGGAGUUGUCCGUCCAGGCUGCUACGACAGAAUACUGCAGACUGAGUGGCUUAGAAAUAGCCUCGGAGGCUGGGAUACCCAAGAUCGAGGCGCUGGCGGAUUCAGUCUGCAGCGAGGGCCCGCUUCCUGGUUGUAGAUGGCCACCUUCUCCCUGUGUCCUCACACGGCAGCAGGCGUGAGGGAGCUCUCUAGAGUCUUUCUUGUAAGAACACUUAUCCCAUUCAUUGAAGGACUCUGCCAUCAUGAUCCGAUCACCUCCCCAAAGCCCCAUUUCCUAAUAUCAUCACACUGAGGGCUAGGUUUCAACAAGUGGACCUGCGGGGGACACCCGCACUCAGUCUAUGCCGGGGCUCCCUAGCCCAGUGCUUUACAGUGGAAAAGGGCCGACCACUGGCCAGCAGGUCAGUAAGACAGCCGUCCCUCUGCCCCACCCACCUCAGGAGACACGCUGACCUUUCAUCUGGGGCGCUUUCCUGUCCUCUCUUCAGAGACUUCUCUUGUCCAUAAGUAAAGGAAAGGGAUUGCGCUGACUUCCUUCCCGGGACCCUCCUGGGUCCAGCUGCCUUCAUCCCAGCAGCAAAGCACUGACUAGUUUUGUUUUUUCUCUCUUUCUUGCCCCCUGCUUGUUCUUGCUCCGAGGCGGAAAGCUGCCAUUCCGAUCUGCACAUGCAGAUGAUGCACACAGACGCCUCGUCAGUCUUAACUGAUGCCGAACAGAAAAUCUAGGGAAAGGGACACUAUCUGGCAAGGGAACAAAAGUGUUUAAAAAUAAACAUAAGGAUGGGCGGCGUUGGAUAGAAAAUGGAAUAUUUCCAGUAGAUCUAACAGGAGUUGUUACCUGCCUAGUUUUAUUAAGGCAAUUAGAACUGGCCACUGUGGGCACUUAUGGCUGGCUGAUUUGAAGUGACUUUGAAAUAACUUAGUGGACAGAGCCAGGUAUAAGAAAUGCUGUUUGAGAUUUUUUUUUCCCCCCGUCUGAGCCGAGGCAUUGUUUUUUAAGUUUCUGUGAUCU